GAUCGUCAGAUUAGAAUGACAGGGUUCCAACUAACAAAAUCGCAUAUUUGGAGUUAUUAGUGUGAAAAGGUUCCAACUGAUCUUGUUUAUCUUUUGAUCUGACAACAGCGCUGUCUAACAACGUAAUUCUGACUUAUUACAAUGCCAAGGUUCCAUCUGUGAACAUAAAUAAAACAAAACUAGAAUGAAAUGGUUUCAGGUGACACAUGAAACCUUGUCACUCAACCAAUAAUUAAGAUUUGCAUGUAUUCGUUUGACAAUGUUCCAACUGCAACAGCUGUUCAUGUUCACUGUCUAGUAUUGAGGUUAUGUUUUCAUUGUUGUUUAUAACAAUGACGGAACUAAAUGAGUUGGGACGACUUAUUACUGAGUUAUUAAGUGAGGAUGAAGAAUUAGAGGACUCGGGUGAUUCUUACUCCCCAUCAUCAGAAAGUUUAAGCGAUGAAAAUGAAGAAAUUACUGACAGGCGACCCAGAAAUAAAGCCAAGAAGCGUGUUCCUGCAGAUAUUUCAACAACGGCAACCAAAUCAAAACCAGCGUUGAUGCCCAUUGAUCUCCCAUCAACUUCAACCGCUGGCGCUCACCAAACUACUUCAAAUGAUGAGGUCCAUUUGCCUAUAAAUCCGGUUGGGGAAGAAGUUAUUAUUGAUCAGGUAACAAACACUAAACCUCCUCCUGUUAAGAGAAGAAAAAGGGAUGUUUCUUCUUGGAAAAGCCAGAAACGUUAUAUCAGCCAUCAAAAAGGGGAAUCUUAUGUGAGUCGUAGAGGAAUUGUAGAGCCCGCUAAAGAAGUUAAAAGUUUGAAGGACUGUUUAAAUGACUGUAAAUUUAAAUGUGGGGUAUCUAUUAGUGAAAAUGAAAGACAAGCUUUGUUUAAGGCGUUUUAUGGCAUGAAUCAAAAUGGAAAACAUCAAUAUCUUGGGUACAACCACAAAAUAUCAGUCAGAAAGACCUAAAGAUAGGAACAGAGAAUCAUACGAAAAAUUCACUUUUAGGUACUUCUUUGAUGUUGGUAACCAAAAGGUACAAGUCUGCAAAAAAUUUUGCUUAGGAACGCUAAGCAUCUCACAAAAACCUGUCUAUACGGUUCAUAAUAACAAAGAUGAGGUCACCAAUACACCCAA